AUGGAACUCAUGUACAGCAUGAGCAAUACACCAGUCAUCGUGCUUCCCAUGGAUGACGAGGUCGCUGCUGGCACGGAGUACCUCGCGCGAGGAUGGUGUUUCUUCGAGUUCUGCCUCGCGUUCAGCUUCGGCACCAUCACGAACGCCGACAUCCACCUGCCCGUGAGCCAGAUGUGCAGAACUGUUGCCGAGCUGAGAGCGGACACGGUUGAGGGGUUCCGGAAAUCUUUCAUGGCGACCAAAUUUACCAACAAGGGCGACCGGUACGUGGUCACUACGCUCUUCGAGCAGACCCUGAAUAAGAAGCCGAGGCAGUGGUGA